GGGAGGGACGGGGCCGCCCCGGGGCAGGGCCCGCUGAGGCUUCCGGGGUGGUGGAGGCAUGGAGGAGGCCGGAGGGGGACGGGGGUUCAGUGCCAGCGAGCACCAGCACUGCCGCUACAACCCGCUGCGGGACGAGUGGGUGCUGGUGUCCGCACACCGCGUCAAGCGGCCCUGGCAGGGGCAGCUGGAGGAGCCCCCCGCCGAGGACGUGCCCCGAUGGGACCCCACCAACCCCCUCUGUCCCGGGGCCACCCGGGCCAACGGUGAGGUGAACCCCCACUAUGAGGGCACCUUUGUCUUCCCCAACGACUUCCCCGCGCUGCAGCCCGAUGCCCCCGCACCUGGUGACAGCGACCACCCCCUGUUUCAAGCAGCAGCCGCCCGGGGUGUGUGCAAGGUGAUGUGCUUCCACCCCUGGUCUGACCUGACCCUGCCCCUCAUGUCGCUGGCAGAGGUCCGGGCCGUGAUCGACGCCUGGGCAGAGCUGGCGGCCGAGCUGGGGGCCUCCUACCCCUGGGUGCAGAUCUUUGAGAACAAGGGGGCGAUGAUGGGCUGCUCCAACCCGCACCCGCACUGCCAGGUGUGGGCCAGCAGCUUCCUCCCCAACGAGGCGCGCCUGGAGGAGCGGACGCAGCGGCAGUACUGGGACCAGCACGGCGUGCCCAUGCUGCUGGAGUAUGCCGAGCAGGAGGCUCGCCGCAAGGAGCGGCUGGUGGUGGAGAACGAGGACUGGCUGGUGGUGGUGCCCUACUGGGCCACCUGGCCCUUCCAGACCCUGCUGCUGCCCCGCCGACACAUCCUCCGCCUGCAGGACCUGCGUGACAGCGAGAGGGACAGCCUGGCCUCCAUCAUGCGGAGGCUGCUCAUCAAGUACGACAACCUCUUCCGAGUCUCCUUCCCCUACUCCAUGGGCUGGCACGGAGCCCCCACGGGCCCCCACCUGCAGGAGGACUGCGGGCACUGGCAGCUCCAUGCCCACUACUACCCACCGCUGCUCCGCUCCGCCACCAUCCGCAAGUUCAUGGUGGGCUACGAGAUGCUGGCGCAGGCGCAGCGGGACCUCACCCCGGAGCAGGCUGCAGAGCGCCUGAGGAGCCUCCCCGAGGUGCACUACAAGCAGAGGCCCCAGGAGACGUCGUGAUGGGGGCCAGCAGGGGCUCUGAGGCUGGGGGGAGGACCCAGCUGGGAGUGGUGGGAACUGAGACCAGUGAGCUCGUGUCACUUGUGAGCCCUCUGGUUUCCCUGCUGAGGCAGGUUCUGCUACGUUUUGGCACUGCUGGGUCCAGCUCGUGGGUGGCUUUUGCCUGUUUGGCUACCCCAGUCCCGAUUCUGCAGCAUCCCUGCACGAGUGGUGCAGUUCCUACUGCUUCCAAAGCGAAGGGCUCACCCUCCUCCCAGUCCAGUCUUACUGGUGGGACUGGGAACGAUGCCAUGGAGCAUCUCCAAUAAAACCCAUGAGCAAAGUG